GUACACAAGGGUUUAAUAUAAGAUCUUUUUUUUUAUUUAAGAACGGACAGGUGGCAAAGCAUGAAUGGAUAAAAAAAAUUAACACAGAAAAUGAAAAAAAAAAUCUAUCAUUAAUUUUUUUCGUCAUUCUCUUCAUCUAUCUCUCAACGAGAACAUAUGAGAACCAAAACAUCGGUUUGAUAGAAAUCCCUAGAAUCGCUCAAGAAAUUCGAAUCAAUUGCAAAAAUCUAUCAAUCCUUAAACCUUCUUCUUCUUCGUCGGAGCAGAUUAUUGUUUCCCCAUAGCUUCUGAAAGAGAGAUGGAUUGGGAUAGUGUUGCUGCCGAUGAUGUGAUUGAGGCGCUGAGAGAGGUUGAGCCGUCGACGCGUUCUCGUUCCCUCGCCGAGUUCUUCUCCAAAUUCGCCGGCCAUGGACAAAUCAUAAAGAGCCGUUUGCUUACACGCAAUCUUACCUCUCUCCAUAUCUUCUCCUCUCAUCCGGAGAGUUGUUUGUCCAUCGAAUUCCCACAACUUGCUUCCUCUGUUUUGUAAAAGGUGGAAGUCAAGUUAUGAAACGAUAAGCCUGAGAGAGAGAUGUACGAGAAUUUCGCUGAGCUGUACGCUAUCAUCAAGGCUACGGAGAAGCUCGAGAAGGCUUACAUCCGUGACCUGAUCUCUCCGUCCGAGUACGAAACCGAGUGUCAGAUAAGCCUGAGAGAGAGAUGUACGAGACCGAAUGGCAAGAGAGAUUUUGAUUCUACGCAAACUCAAUCAUCCUAACAUCAUGAAACGUGAGGGUAUAAUCACGUCUCGUACGUCGAGUAGCAUUUAUCUUGUUUUUGAGUAUAUGGAACAUGAUCUUGCCGGUUUAUCCUCCAAUCCCGACAUCAGAUUCACCGAGUCACAAGUACAAACGGACACAAAACUUGUGUUGGUUGUGUAUGCUAGUCUUGAGGAUGCACAACCAAGGAUGGUGAUGCCUUUGUGGAAAGCCAAGUUGGAGGAACCAAAACAAGAUCAGUCUAAUGCUUCGUUGAUGAUUGUUGAUAACUCCACAAGUCAAAGAUGCAGGAGGGCGAGAAGAAGAAGGGAGGCGUUGGGUUCAAGUAGAUAGGCGUAAGUUUUGAACUAUUUUAGCUUUUAAAAAUUCAGUAACAAUGAAAAAUUGUUACAAGAAGGCAUAGAAGCUAUUUUCUUUUAAUUAGAAACAUAAUUUUGUUUAUGUAUUAAUCUAAAUUUUAAAUAUAUAUAGAAAAAAAAAAUUUAAGACACCUAUCAAAGUGUCUCUAUUGUAUGUAAAAUUUUACAAAGUGUCUUAACUACAUAAAAUGUACAAAAUAUUAAUAAUUAAUUAUUAAGA